GUGGAUUUGUCCCCCCCAAAAAUGAAAUAGUUUCGCUCAGCUCAGUCGUACUGUUAAUGAAGAGACCGACCGCUAAGCGCUGGGAAACCAAUCACGGUGCCGGUUCAGGGAGAAAGUCCCGCCUUUCAGGAGAAACAGCCAAUCAGCUCGCUGGUCUUGCGAGAAGAGUUAGCGUGCUGGUGGAGGAGAAGCCCCUCCCCCUCGCUGUGAGAUUUAGAAGCGGUGUCCAGCAUCAGCUGGUGUUGAAGUAAAUCUGGAUAUACGGCGAUUUUUCUAAGAGGUAACGGAGUUUACCAUGUGGCCUGUGUUGAGAAUAUUUCUGAUAGCUGGUUAAGAAGACUCUCCAAAUCAAAACACACAGAUUAAACCCAGCGUGUGAUAAUAAACUGCAGCUGUGUUAGUCAGUUAGCUUAACUUUGGAAUUAGCUAGACAGGGAGUCAAGGCUUAAAAAAAAACAUGUAUGUUAUGUUCAGCUUGCCCUGAUCAGCUAAUCACUAUUUCAUUUUCAAAUUGUGUUUAUUAAUUUAGGAUUGCAGGACUUACUGUAAGCUAUAGUAAAUGAAAAAAAUAGUUAGCUAGAAGCCAGAUGUAGUGGAUAGUCAGAAUUUAGAACAGUACUUUAUGUUGGUAGUUUAAAGCAGUUUAUUAACCCUGAUCUCUGCCCUAAAAUUGUGUGUUUUCUACCAGAUCCAACUGAUUAGCUAAUAAACAGUCCUUUACUGAGUUUACCUGUUUAAAUCCUUUUCAUUAUGUAUGUCAGCAGUGUAUUAGACACAUCAUACCUCCACUUACUUUAUUAAGUGACUUUAAAGCAGAGUAGGCAGUGGGGAUAUGCAGUAGAAUGUGUAGGAACAGGGUUGAGAAACACUGCUCUAACCUGACUUCUGUUCAUUUGUAGUUCACAGUAAGACUAAAUCCUGAGUAAAUAGAGGGAUUCCAGGCGAAUCCAAAUGUUUUUUUCUUUAGUCUAAUAUUUAUAUUAACUUCUGUCAAAAAUCUCUAUGAAACGUAAAGUUACAUUCUUUUUUCAAAAAAGGACACCAUCAUAAGAAGUGCUUUCAGUAGAAACAACUAAAAGCGCAGAUGAUAACUGAUCAGUUUUUGUCAUAUAUGUAUGUAAUUCAGACAUUUCACGCAUAUUUGUUUAAAUGUAAUUUGGAGUAACAUGGCGGUUGUAAAGUCACCUUUACUUGGAUGUAACUAAUAAUAAACAGAGUACAGAAAAAAGGGAUUAUUUGUGAUUAAAAGUAAUUCCUUAAAUGUUGUUCUAAGAAACUAUAUGGGCUUUGGUGCAUUAGCAAAAGUGUCCCCCCCCAAUAUCAAACCCGCUCCUACGCCCUUGGGUAUGAUACCUCCUUGUGUAGUUCUGUCUUUGUAGUAAGGGUGCAGUUUGUAGGAGAAGAUGUUGUCAGCCAUAGCAAAUCAAUCCAUUGAAUUAUGGUAAAAUGUAAAGUACUCACUCAGUUGUAAUCAUGUUAAGCAUGAGAUUUAAUCCUGCAUUGUGCGGUGUCUUUUUUCAGAGCAGAUAGAUCUGAAGAUUUUUGUCAGAACUCUGUUUGACUCUGUUUUUAACCUGCCUGCUCUCAUCAGUUCUGAUUCUGUGUUUCUUUGCUUUAACAAUGUGUGAAUGAGCGGGCAACAACUAAGUUAGCUAAUCUGAUAUCUCCAUUUUUGCAUUAACUCUUGUGUGAGUGCCAUUAGCAGUACUGCGGUUGGUAAGGUAACAAAGGUAUUUAAUGUAGUUUUUUUUGUUUUGUUUUUUUGUUUUUUACUCUAUAUUAUAUAUGAUUUAUAUCUAUAAAUCAUACAAUUCUGUACAAGUCUAUACAAGUCUCUCUCCUCAUUUCCUCUGUGACACUGAGCAGCAGAAAAGCAGGAAAUCAUUACUGCUCAGUUCAGAGUAAAUGAAAGUGAUCUCAGAAUGCUGCUCUCUCUCAGUCUAGAAGUGCAGGAAAAUGGCAGAGGCCAGUAUUUCAGUAGAUCACGAUCAGUUCAGCUGUCCAGUCUGUCUGGAUCUGCUGAAGGAUCCAGUGACUAUUCACUGUGGACACAGUUACUGUAUGGUGUGUAUUAAUGGCAACUGGGAUCAGGAGGAUCAGAGGGGGAUCUACAGCUGCCCCCAGUGCAGAGAGACCUUCACUCCAAGGCCUGUUCUACGCAGAAACAACAUGCUGGCUGAAGUGGUGGAGAAACUGAAGAAGAACAUAGAACUCCAAGCUGCUUCUCCUGCUCCCCGUUACGCUGGAGCUGGAGAUGUGGAGUGUGAUUUCUGCACCGGGAGAAAACUCAGAGCCAUCAAGUCCUGUCUGAUGUGUCUGGCCUCCUUUUGUGAAGCUCAUCUUAAACCUCACUAUGAAGUUCCUGGAUUAAAGAAGCACAAGCUGGUUAAAGCGUCCACCCAGCUCCAAGAGAAGAUCUGCUCUCAGCAUGACAGACUGAUCGAGAUCUACUGUCGUACUGAUCAGAGAUCUAUCUGUUAUUUAUGUACAAUGGAUAAACACAAGGGUCAUGAUACAGUUCCGGUUACAGCUGAAAGAACUGAGAAACAGAAUCAGCUAAUGGAGAUUCAGAGAAAGUUCCAGCAGAGAAUCCAAGAGAACCAAAAGAAGCUACAGGAGCUGGAACAAAAUUUGCUCACUAUUAAGGUCUCUGCACAGGCAGCAGUGGAGGACAGUGAGAGGAUCUUUACUGAGCUGAUCCGCUCCAUUGAGAAAAAGCGCUCUGAGGUAACAGAGCUGAUCAGAGAUCAGGAGAAGGCUGAACUGAGUGGAGCUGAAGAACUCCUGGAGAAACUGCAGCAGGAGAUGGCUGAUCUAAAGAGGAGACACACUGAGCUGGAGCAGCUUUCACACACAGAGGAUCACAUCCAUUUCCUCCAGAGUUUCCAGUCUCUCUGUGUCUCUUCUGGAUCUGAGGACUCUCCCAGCAUCACUGUCCAUCAACAUCCCUCAUUUGAUGGAGUGAGGAAAUCUCUCUCUGAGCUGAAAGAGCGACUAGAGGAAUUCUGCAGAGAGGAAUUCAGGAAAAUCCCUCCACAUGAUGCAGUUCAGAUUUUACGCUCAGAACCAAACACCAGAGAAGACUUUUUGCAAUAUUUCUGUCGACUGACUUUGGAUCCCAAUACAGCACAUCGUUUCCUCAUUCUGUCUCAAAAGAACAGAGUGGUGAAGUGGAAUAAUAGAGUCCCGUCAAUCUCUGAUCAUCCAGAGAGAUUUGAUUACUACUGUCAGGUGUUGAGUAAGGAGAGUGUGUGUGGACGCUGUUACUGGGAGGUUGAGUGGAGCAGUGGAUGGUUUGGGUGUGUGGAAAUAUCAGUCUCAUAUAAAGAAAUCAGUAGGAAAGGAAGGGGUCAUGAUUCUGGCUUCGGAUUCAACAGUCAGUCCUGGAGUCUGGUGUGUUCUUCCUCUCUCUCUUUCUUACAAAACAACAUUAGGACUAAGCUAUCGGCUCCUCCAUCCUCCAGAAUAGGAGUGUAUGUGGAUCACAGUGCAGGAACUCUGUCCUUCUACAGCGUCUCUGAUACAAUGACCCUCCUACACACACUCCACACCACAUUCACUCAGCCCCUCUACGCUGGGUUUGGGGUUGGUGAUGGAUCAUCUGUGAGGUUGUGUGAUAAAAAUGAUAUCAUCUAGUUUUACUAGGUAAAACCCCAAAUCAGAAAAAUAUGCUUGUCUGAGGAUAAACAGUAUGUUUCCACUGUGUAAGGGUUCACCCAAGGUGCCUUCGAGCCCAGAGAAGUUGCUGCCGUAUCUGGACAUAACUAAAAAUGAAUUAGCUAAAUUAUUCUGUUUUGCACAGUAAAGUUGAAACAAAGGUUUGGCAAAUCAAGGUUUGGAAAUUUAAUAGGUUUUAUGUAGUUUGCUUUUUUCUAUCACCUACAAAUCACUCAUUUCCAUGCACAGUUUUACAGCCAAGACUAAAAUGCAGACAUUUCUGCACUAAGACUGUAGAUCUUUCUUUUUUUGAGAGUUUUCGUCCCACAGCUUCUGCACUGCUGAAAUAUAUGAAGUAGGAGAUCUGUUGGCAUAAUAUGUUCUAUCAAACAUUUUAUUUUUAUUCAGUAGAACUGGUGUCUACUUAAAUUUAACAGUACAUGGUGUGUACUCUGCAGUUAUUGUGUGUGGAAUGUGGUGAUGGUUUAUUCUGGGCAGGCUCGCAGCAGUCUGGGACUCACCUCCACUGUGGGGACUUAAAUGAGGCACCCACCAUAUAGAGCUCUUUUUAAAAGAAUUACCGGAUGCAAGUAAGCUGUAUGUGUUUUCUGAUUUACUAGUGUAAUGUUGUGUUUAAUUGUUUAAAUAACGUAUCUUGUCUUUUUUGUCUAGAUAGUUAAUUACAUAUAUUGUGGAAAUUCCAUAAAAUAAAUAUUAUAAAGUUUAUUCUCUAUAUAUCAUUCCUUUGGAAUAAAACGUUUAUUAAAAUUCA